AUGAUCAAAGCGGUGUUGUUGUUAAUCUUGGUCCUAGUGGCCGUGUCCUCAACCUUUGGGAAAUACAUCCCAAAGACUGGAAAGAGGAUCCCCCAGACUCUGUCUCGAGGUUGGGGUGAUCAGCUGAUCUGGGCUCAGACUUAUGAGGAGGCUCUCUACUGGUCCAGGUCAAGGAAUAAGCCUUUGAUGGUACUCUUUCACCUUGAGGACUGCCCACACAGCCAGGCACUAAGGAAGGUCUUCUCAGAUAACGAGAUCCAGAAAACUCUUGACGAGGACUUCAUUGUCCUCAAUCUGGUUUAUGAAACCACCGACAAACAUCUCUCCCAGGAUGGACAGUAUGUUCCCAGAAUCAUCUUUGUAGACCCAGCAAUGACAGUGCGAGGUGAUAUUAUUGGUCCCUAUGCCAAUCGCAUGUAUGCCUAUGAACCAAAUGACCUCAAACUCUUGCUGAGCAACAUGCAGAAAGCUAAGAAACUCCUGAAGUCUGAGCUGUGAACAAAAAGAACAAGACACAUGCUCAACUUCUAACCCUGAUCCACACUUUAUCAUUUCAGAUUCCCAUUUCAUGCUGUCACUUCAGUUUACAUAGAAACUCUGCACUGUAAAGUUUUCCUCAAAUCACCUUCAUUUUACAUGUUUCUGUUUG